AGCCCUGCCAGCACUGCCAGGCAUGUGUGGACCCAAACCACCCACAAAGGCGGAGAUCUCGGCGGCAGAGCCUCUCCUCCAGCAGCAAAGUGGUUAAUGCCAGGUGCUGUUCUCACCCGGGCUCCCCAGCCUCAGCCCUGCUGCCUCCUGGACAAGCGCUCUCCUGGGCUGGUUGCUGGUCUGGGGCCAAGGGGAGGGCCAUACGGGGGACUUCGGUGCAGCCUUUGUCCAAGGCACCGAGCGCCGCACUCCAGGUACGUGCUGACACCGAGGCGAGCGGCAGCCUGGCCCUGUGCCGGGAGCAGCCCAGGUGAGCUGCGGGCAGGGGAGGGGGCCGGGGCACCCCUCCAGGAGGCUUUGCUCCGGGGGGCUGAGAGCUGCUGGGGCGCUCUGGCCAGCAGCAGAGCCAGACGCUGGGGAUAAACACGUGCUGUGGGCUGGGGAGGUGAGCGGGAGGGCACUGGGUCACUGCUCGCUGCUCGAGGUGCCCACGGUAUGGGGUGCAGAGGGGAUGUAGAGGGCCCUGCUGAGCCCCCACGCUGGUGGGAGGGAUGGGAGGCAGGGGACCACUCUGCCUGGCAGGGAUGCUCCCAGCGUGUGCGUUCACCCCCUUUCAUAUAACUUUAAGAACUUUUUGACAUCCAAAUCCCACAUGUGCACGGUGGGGAGGUUUGAUUUUCAUUCUCCUGAGCAACACACAGUUUAGAUCCAACAGUGCUUGCAAGAGUUUUCUCCUUAAUUUUGAGGCUCCCCUUCCUCCCUCCCUCCCUUCCCUCAAGGGACACUGCAAGAUGCUGUCCUGCAGCUGUUGGCAGAUCGCUUCUCUGUGUCUGGUCAUAUACAAACCAGUGCAAGAGCAGCCCAAGCAGCGUGCACAGCUGCAAACUUUCUGCAUGCUGAAACAUCUGGGCAUUGCUGCUUGAGCUGUGCAGCAGCAUGCCUCUUCCUUUGGUCUGGGGGCAUCACCGCUUUUCUUUCCCUUCUGCUUGUGCCCCAAACCUGCUCCCUGAGAGCACCGUGCCAGGUACAGCAGCAGAUACAGGCUCCUGGCCAGCCUUGAGGUGCUACUGAAAAACAGGGCAGAUCCAUCAGCUUCUCACAUCCCUCCCUCCUUGUUUUCCACUUGCAGGGCUCCUUCCCCAUGCCCUGCUCUCAUCCCCUGGCCUUGCAGGCUCAGCCUUUGGGUGUUGCCUGCUACCAAGAAAAAAUGGAAUUUAGUCCCUUCCAAGAACAGGUGGAGGUAGUUUCGCACCUGCUCCCGCACACAAGACCGUGCAAUUUAUUACCAUUACACAGUGGCUGGGACAGGAUUUUCCAUGAUGCGUGCUGGGAUAGGAAUUUUUCUAUUUGCUCUAUAACCAGGAGAAGGGAAGGUACAGCCCAAUAACACAGUUACACCUGUGCGGACUCCAGCAGGGCUAAUAGGACUGGAGAUGUGACAAUACAGGAAUUCAUCGCCAUCUUACAUGUCUCUAUUGUUACCAUACAGGGCAGGGCUUUGGGGUAUUGGAUAAGGUCUGAUAAAUGUUUCCUGUUAAAGGAAACCUGAUAAAGGUUUCUGUGUGCCAUGUGCCGUGACACAGAACAGAAGAGAACAGCUGUCACCCAUCAUUAUACAUCUGAUGUCACACAGGGCACUGGUCACCCUUGUUUGUCACUGGAGAUGCUGACUGAAACAGGAAUCAGCAUCUCCUGUGACUUUGCCAAAGAUCUUUUUCUCUCCUAUUGAAACUGCUGAUCUGGCCAGUCUGAAGGGUGAGGGAAUUUUUUAUGUGUUCUUGGGAGAACCACAUAGCCAAGUGCACACCCCGAGGUGCCCCCCAAAGCACCAUUUGGGUUAGACCACUUCUCUAGGUUGUGUCCGGGGCUCUCGGGGCAUCUGUCGCGUGGCUGCGAUCUGGCUCGCAGCCUGAUGCCACAGCUGGAGGUCAGCCUCGCUCCCUGCCGGCACGCUGCGUGUGCUGGUGCUGCGGAGCAAGCUGAUGCAGGAGGAGGAGGGAGAGCUGUGUGUGUAGAAAAGCACAUACCUGGGGUGGCCUCAGGGUGGUGAGCACGUGAACGUGUCACCUGCUGUGUGGUGAGGCUGCUGUGGAGAACCAGGCCCUUGGGCUUUGCUUCUCUACUGCAAUUUCUUACUGGUGCCUCAGGGCUGAUUCUGCUGGGAGCUGAGCUCUGGCCAGGCGAGGGGAGGCAUAAGGCCCAAUCCAUUUCCCAAGGGCUCCUCAGUGCCUCGCUGGCCUUGCCUUCCUGUGACCAUCAGCAUGCCAGCUUGGCUAGCGUGGCUGUGUGUGCCCAGAUCAGAGGGAGCUUUCUGCCUCUGGCACCCUUCAGGUGCUGUGGGAGAACUUUGAGCAUCGAUCGCCUGCAAGCCCGGACACCACCCCUGUGUGUCUGCUUUCCUGCUGCAGAAUCACCAAGAGCCAAGGGGAGCUGGAGCAGGCAGAAGACAUGUUCAUGGAGACGCUGUUCCCCUGCAUGGAGAGGGAUCCUAGGGUAGUCUGAGACUGUUGAGCAACAGAUGUCAGUAGAAUCCCCAUCACUGGAGGUUUUCAAGAUGCACUUUGGCAGGGUGCUAGAUAAUCUCAUUUAGGCUUCCUUUCCCAUGACAUUUGGGGAAAUUUGGACCUGAUGAUCUUUCCAGGUCCCUUCCAUCUGGACUGUUCUAUUUUAUGUGAUCUGAUGGUCCCAAGUCUGUGGGAUGGAUUGUGUGAGGGUGCAGGGUCUGAUGGCAGCACGUGGGUGCCAGAGGGAUGUGGCUCUGCACCCCAGAGGGGACAGCCCCACUGGGAACCAACCAGGGCAUGGUCCUGCUGCCAGCCUGUGUCUCGUGUUAGCCACUUCCCUACUGCUGCUGCUGGAAAGGGAGAUCCUCACCUUCCACCAGUUUGAGUACUCCUAUCUUGAAAAAGCCUAUCUGAAAAUCCCCCAGUGAGGCAGGGCUCAGAAGGACAGGGUGUCUUGGUGAGACUGCCAAGGGCCGUCUCGCAGACAUAAGAGCAGCUGGACACUGCAGAAUGGGGCCAUGAAGAUGGAGCCCCUCUGCUGUGAGGAGAGGCUGAGAGAGCUGGAACUGCUCAGCCUGGAGAAGGGGAGGCUCCAGGGGGAUCUCAUCAGUGCCUAGAAAUGCUUGGAGGGAGACCACAGAGGACAGAGGCAGGCUCUCAUCAGUGGUGCCCAGUGCCAGGACAAGAGGCAAAGGGCACAACCUGGAGCACAGGAGUGUUCCAGCCUCCCCUGAAUACCAGGCAGCACUGCUGUGCCGUGCAGGUGACAGGGCACUGGCACAGGUGAGGCCCAGAGAGGUUGUAGAGUCCCCUCCUUGGAGAUCUUCAGGGCCCUCCUCCUGGGCACCCUGCUCUGGGUGGCCCUGCUGGGCUUGGACCAGAGGGACCCAGAGGUGCCUCCAGCCUCAGCCGUGCUGUGACUCUGUGAUUCUGAGAAUGGCUUCCAGCCCUUGUUCAGUACAUGGGAGAAGCUCUAUCUUGACAGGUCCCAUCUCCAUCCAUGACAUCUGCAUUUCAAAACUGGCCAUGCAAAUGCAGGUGUGCUAAGUUGGGGGUUGGGGCUGUUCUUGCAGGUUGGAGGAGGAAUGGAGUACAAAGCCAAGGUCGUCGCAGGUCUCCUAGCAGCCACCUGUGUCUUCAGUGUCAUUGCCCUCAUACUGAGUGCCGUAAAUGUGAAGGAUGUGUUUCUGCCUCCCGGCACUAAGUACGGAAUGGUGUUUGACGCUGGCUCCACGCACACGGCUCUCUACAUCUACCAGUGGCCUGCAAACAAGGAGAAUGGCACAGGCAUUGUCAGCCAGGUGGAAACGUGCACCGUGAAUGGAUCUGGCAUCUCCAGCUACGCAGAUGACCCCGCUGGGGCUGGAGCCAGCCUGAAGCCCUGCCUGGACAAGGCCAUGACGCUCAUCCCUGCAGAGCAGCAGCGGGACACCCCCGCCUACCUGGGGGCCACAGCGGGCAUGCGGCUGCUGAGGAAGCAAAAUAGCACAAAAGCUGAUCAGGUCUUCGCUGAGGUCACCAAGGCCAUUCGAGAGUACCCAGUGGACUUCCGUGGAGCUCAGAUCCUCACAGGGAACGAGGAAGGCUCCUUUGGCUGGAUCACCGUCAACUACCUGCUGGAUACGCUCAUCAAGUUUUCCUUUGCAGAAAAAUGGGAACAUCCACAGGACACGGAGGUUCUGGGAGCUCUGGACCUUGGAGGUGCUUCAACACAAAUAACCUUCCAGCCCGGAGUCACCAUUGAGGACAAAAACACAUCUGUCCUCUUCAGGCUGUAUGGCACCAACUACUCGCUCUACACCCACAGCUACCUCUGCUAUGGGCAGACGCAGGCCUUGAAGAUGCUAAUGGCAACUCUCCACGAGGGCAACCUGUCUUCCCAGCACAUAUCGCACCCCUGCUACCCCAGGGGAUACCAGGAGAACGUCACCAUGGCAGAGCUCUACAACAGCCCCUGUGUCCCCGCACCGAGCACACCCAGCCCUGCACAGGUCCUCACGGUAACGGGGACAGGGGACCCGGCAGCGUGCAGCGCUGCCAUGCAGAAACUCUUCAACUUCACCUGUGGGACCAACAGGACGUGCGGGUUCAACGAGGUUUAUCAGCCACCCGUGCGGGGACAGUUCUUUGCAUUUGCUGGGUUCUACUAUGCCUUCCACUUCCUGAACCUGACCAGCCAACAGUCUUUAACCCAUGUCAACACCACGGUUUGGGCCUUCUGCAACAAGACCUGGCAAGAGCUGGUAGAGACCUUCCCGCAGGACGAAUACCUACAGACGUAUUGCUCCGUGGCAACUUAUAUCUUGACGCUGCUGGUUGAUGGCUACAAGUUCGAUGAACACACAUGGAGCAGCAUCCACUUCGCGCAGAAGGCAGCAAACGCAGACAUCGGCUGGACGCUGGGCUUCAUGCUGAACUUCACCAACAUGAUCCCCACGGAGCCUCUGGAACACCUCAAGGGGCACCAGCCCAGUCUGUGGGCAGGUGCCAUCUCCUUCAUUGUGCUGGCCAUAGUUGUGGGCCUGUUGGCAAUUCUCCUUCAGUGUUUCUGGAAAUCCAAGUAGCUCCCAGUAUCCAAGCUAGGGGCACCCUGCCCACUAAACCAGACAGGGAAAGUGGUGCAAGAGAGGGUGGAAGGGGAAGAUGGUGAAGGGCAUUAGACUCACCUCCACUGCUCUGGAGGCCCGCUUGAGCCACCUCUGUAAAGGCAUCAAAGAUGGCAAAGGCAUCUUGAGCUCCCUACGCACCUCUAAGAGGAAGAAAUGCCUGACUCCAGGAAUGUCUUCAAUCAGGCUGACAAAGACCAACCGAGACAAGGUGGCUAGAAGAUGAAGCCAUAUAAAUUCAAACUAGAAAUAAACCUCUUUUUGUUUUUCAAACACAAAGGUUGCUAACCAGCCUAGCAGAGUUUCCAUCCAUUGGCACUUCCAGUCCUCGUGGGUUGGCUCUCCCAGCAGCCAGCCAGCUGCAGCCAUGGGAGGCAAUGGGUGCUGGAGAGCAGUGGUGACCACCUAAACGCUAAGGAGGACUGACAUUUUCUUUAUCUUGCCCUGUGCAAGAUGUGCAAGAUUUUUGUAGCAUGUGACAGAAAAUCUUUCCAAGGACAGACUGACUGACAGCUGUCCUUAAGAUAUUUACUGGCAUAUCUCAGCAGAAAAAUACAAUCAGAACUUGAUUUAAGAACUGCCAACUCUGGCUCAGAGUUUAUUUUAUAUUCAAGUUAUAUAGCUCAGCUUUGUCAGACACUUAAUCCACGGCAGGUUGCAGCUCCAGGCACUUGAGUAUUUUAUCUACAUCAGCAGAGCCCAGACCAUCUCAGCUGCAGGAACCAGACAGUCAUUUCAGUCUUUCAAGCUACAGCUACCAGCCCAGUGCUGCACUGCCCAGCCAGACCCCUCCACAAUCCCUCCAAGCCUCUGACAAAGCCCAGGGCUGCUGUGAGCAGGGAUGUUUCCACAGCUACCUCUCCUCUGCACUGCAAGACCCCGGUCCACACAGCAGUAAAAUCCAGGUAGGACUUUUUAAGGGCUUGA